UGGGAACGUUUCUGGGGAAUGCUGCUGUUAGGCUAUUCGUUGUCUGUCCUAGUAAAGGUGCACAGGAAACAGAGCGCUGUGUGUGUUUCUGUCACGUGGCAGUGUUACACCCCUGUUUACUGUAAACCCCUUGGAGAAGGUCCGCGUGUGUGCGCAUGUGUGUGUGCACGCCUGUGUUUCUUGACAGUGGGACACGUGCAAGUGGCAAAAUGCUGUUCCGGUUCAUGCACGUCAGCUAUUAAACCUUCACUCCCUAUAGCUAAUUCUCAUCCUCUGCAUCGAUCCUUACAUGGCGAGAUACCAUGGGGCUAUAUGGUUGACUGACACAGCAGGCCCAUUGCUGUGUCUGUGAUGUUACCAUGGGGCUACAUGGAGGACUGAUACAGCAGGCCCAUUGCUGUGUCUGUGGUGUUACCAUGGGGCUACAUGGAGGACUGAUACAGCAGGCCCAUUGCUGUGUCUGUGGUGUUACCAUGGGGCUACAUGGAGGACUAAUACAGCAGGCCCAUUGCUGUGUCUGUGGUGUUACCACGGGGCUACAUGGAGGACUGAUACAGCAGGCCCAUUGCUGUGUCUGUGGUGUUACCAUGGGGCUACAUGGAGGACUGAUACAGCAGGCCCAUUGCUGUGUCUGUGGUGUUACCAUGGGGCUACAUGGAGGACUGAUACAGCAGGCCCAUUGCUGUGUCUGUGGUGUUACCAUGGGGCUACAUGGAGGACUGAUACAGCAGGCCCAUUGCUGUGUCUGUGGUGUUACCAUGGGGCUACAUGGAGGACUGAUACAGCAGGCCCAUUGCUGUGUCUGUGGUGUUACCAUGGGGCUACAUGGAGGACUGAUACAGCAGGCCCAUUGCUGUGUCUGUGGUGUUACCAUGGGGCUACAUGGAGGACUGAUACAGCAGACCCAUUGCUGUGUCUGUGGUGUUACCAUUGGGCUACAUGGAGGACUGAUACAGCAGGCCCAUUGCUGUGUCUGUGGUGUUACCAUGGGGCUACAUGGAGGACUGAUACAGCAGACCCAUUGCUGUGUCUGUGGUGUUACCAUGGGGCUACAUGGAGGACUGAUACAGCAGACCCAUUGCUGUGUCUGUGGUGUUACCAUGGGGCUACAUGGAGGACUGAUACAGCAGACCCAUUGCUGUGUCUGUGGUGUUACCAUGGGGCUACAUGGAGGACUGAUACAGCAGAUCCAUUGCUGUGUCUGUGGUGUUACCAUGGGGCUACAUGGAGGACUGAUACAGCAGAUCCAUUGCCGUGUCUGUGGUGUUACCAUUGGGCUACAUGGAGGACUGAUACAGCAGGCCCAUUGCUGUGUCUGUGGUGUUACCAUGGGGCUACAUGGAGGACUGAUACAGCAGGCCCAUUGCUGUGUCUGUCGUUUUAAGGUUGCACAUUUUGCAAGCGUUACACCACACAUACACAGAGACCACAUACACUGGAAUGUUUCAGGAACUUUUUGAACACGUCAACUGAGUGUGGAGACCUGGGGUUGAACGCCAGAGUCAGCCAAAGUACAGCGCCCUGAAGAGGAUUUAGAGGUUAAGUGUCUUUCUCAAGUGCACAUUGACCAGACAUUUAGAUACAGAACCUGCUGCUGGCCUGCCUCUAACUGCCUUCCUUAGGAUUGUGUCUGUUCCUCAGUAUUCUGUGGGUCCUCUGGUUUCAUAUUGAGAUGUUUUCCUGGAACAGCCCUGGUGGUGAAAACCACUCAUGUUCUGAAUACAAAGCCAUAGUGGACAUUUUGUAUUUCUCUCCCUGAGUUUCUGAAGUUCUUCCCCUUUAGGAAAUGUUUAAAUGUAUUAGAAAGGAUCUGCAGUGCCAGGUCCUCCUCUCUGCCACUAUUAUCCCUAUCACGGUAAAAAGAGUGAUACAUGUACUGCUAAAAUGUUGUUGUCUUUUUUAACUUACAGCCAAAUGCUCUCUCUGGAAUCUCUGUAAAACAAAACUAAUCAUGAUAUAUUGUUAGAAUAAUUUAUAUGUGUUAGAAUAAUGACUAAAUUGUUCCACUCUGUUAUUAUAGAAUAGGGUGAUAUGUUUAAGAAUAAUGGGAAGAUAAAAUCAGGAUAUGGGGAGAUCGGUUAGCAUUGUAAAACUUUGAGGUUAUAUUCCUUAGUAGGGAUGUAAACUGAUUGAAGUUGUAUAUUAGGUCAAAUAAAAACAUUGGAAAGGUUUCAAACCAAGAGGGUCAUAAAGGGGGAGGGGAGGUGAAAGCCCUGAAGAAUGUGGCAAGUUUUAUGGUUCUUUGUGGUGAGUGGAAAAGUACUGGUUGUUUGAGAAGGGAGUGGUCUAAAGAUAGGAAAAUGUGUGUAUUAUAAAAGGACUGAGUCCUAAUUUUUGACUUUAGAACGUUCUCUGAAUAAAUUGUACAGACCUUUUGCAGAAAGCUGAGUCCUUGCCUAAUUAUUCUUAACCCAGUGUCUUACAAACCUUGGGGAUUGGUCAAGGCUUACUGAUUGUUAAUUUUUAUCAUUGGGAUUGGAAAAUUCCCAUAACAUAUAUGCAUGUCAUUUUUCAUUGAAGUGAUAAAUAUAUGAUAGAUGCACUAUUGUAAAGUGGUUGUUCCACUGGAUAUCAUAAGGUGAAUGCACCAAUUUGUAAGUCGCUCUGGAUAAGAGCGUCUG